AUGUUGAUCACACGUGAUGGCCAGCUCGGACCGAAUGCCACCGAACGGUCGCAACACCUCCUCUCAUCAUGCGAUUACCCACUAGCCACGUUCAAAAGCUUCAACGAGGAGAAGAACUCGGAGGUGGCGGGCACGAGCAGCUCUCGCCACUUCGCCAUCGCAACAACCAGUCCCCUAAGAAAUCUGGCAUCAUGGCCAUCGGCAGCCGCGACCGGACUGCGGUCUUGCACCGUGCUCACAAACCUCUACGCUCGCCGACCAAGACUGCCACGACCAGCAACACCUGAAGCCCUGCCACAGCCAGAUUUUCUAACCUAUGAACCCGAACCCGAUAUACCUGGAGUUGCGUCUCAAAAACGUGCUGCUCAAUUCUAUAAUUGGUCGCAAAUGAUGCCCAAGUUGGUGCAAGAUUUGCUGGAGAUUCAACACAAGACUGAAUCCCUACGCUAUAUUGAACGGCUUUCCGCUCCCGUUCGUCACUGCCCCUGCAAUAAGAGAGUGUUGAAGGUGACUCUGAUACAAUUUAACGUCAUCAGCGAAACCACGCUCCAGCUCUGCACCUGCAGCAACGCGGCUGCCCCGAGGCAACUACUUCGAGCUGGAUUCUUUGCUUGCAGUCCGUGUAAUCCAACACUCGCCGUCGACAUCACUCUGCUUGACUUUGUGCGAAACCUGUUUCUGCACAUUUCUCCCAACAACACAGCCUUUUGCCGUGCGCUUGAAGGGACACUGGCUGAACGAGGGCUAAGGCUCUUUAGCGGUGAACUUCGCCUUCGAUUCAACAACGCCCUACAAUGGUAUACUCAGGUCGUAGUAAUGGCGCAGAAACACAUCGACAAUGCUCUUGUUGCUGCUCGUACACUCGCCCGAGAUGCACACGAUGCAGACACGGAGGCGCUGGUCCAAACAAGUGACGAGCGAGAGGAAAUGGCCCCAGAGAUGCCCCACCCACAAGUAGCAUUCUCGUCUUGUGGCCAAAAGCGUAGUCGGCAUGAACUUGAUCGCGACGCAGAAGACUCUGAGGACGAAGCUCGAAAGCCACCAUCCAAUCCAUUCCCCGACCCUCCUCCACGCUCCAGACCUAGCGACUACCUAAUCAGUCGGUCCAAAAACCAAGGGCAGCAAACAAUCAAUGCUGUCUUUGCCGCAGAACGCAGUAUCGAAACGCUGAGCAGCAAGAUUAGAAAGCUGGAGCUCUCUCUGGCCGAAUUGACGGGGGACCAAGCUCUAGCACAGCAGGAGCGUCUUGCCGAGCUCGAGAGCGCCCUCCGCAAGGUCAAGAAGAACAAGCGGAAGAACGAGAACAAGCUAGGGACUGGCGACACGGCAACACUGAAGCUGCUUCGCUACAAGGAGUACUUCUCCGAGGUCGUGAAUGCCUCUACUGGGCAUGAGCGGAUUCUCCAGAAGUUUCGCGCUCGCAAGAUGGAGUUCGACCCCAUUGAGCGUUCAGUGCGACGCUCCAGCAGCGAGUGGGCAGCUCUUGGAGAGGCUUUGGCUAAUUGUAACGAAGAGCCCUUGGGUUAUCAGCUUCUCUGUCGGCGUGAAUUCCUCCUCGAUCUAUUAUUGAAGUGGAAGCGCUCACUCGACUCGUUGGUCGUGCCACCUGGUGUCCCAGACUGGGGUCCAUCAAGUGAUGCGAUCUUGAGAGCGCGAUUAGCAAGGCUCCCUCCAGCAGAAACCGAGGAUGGAGGUUCAGAUUCAGGGAGUGAAGGAGUCUUGGAGGAAGAUGCGGAAGAUGAUCCAGCACUCAUUCCAGUUCUGAGCCUGUUGGAUCGGGGAGUUGUAGAAGAAGAUGGGGAAGCUGGAGGAGAAGAAGAUGACAAUGACUUUUUUAUUACCUGA